GGAGCUUCACGCCGCCGGUAAACUUCUUCCCGAGCAUCUCCUUCCCUGAGAUGCCGCUCUGAGCUGGUCGAAGCUGCGGGAUUUCGAAACCCGAGUCUUAAGGCAGAACCGUCAUUCGUGAGGGAGCGGGUUUGACGAGCCAGACGACAGGAUGGCCGUGGAGAGGAGGCGAAGGGAAGGCUGCAGUGGCCUUCACCCCUCCCCUGAUGAUGAGGAUGAAGGCGGCGCUCUCAUGAACUCCUUGGGUUUUGCCCUGCAGGGCGUCCCCCUCCUGGCUGCUUCCAUAGAUCUGCGCUUCCAUCCCAGAUGGCGGGCGAUCACCGUGGCGACCCUGCUGGUCGUGGUGCUCACCGUUUACUUGCAGCGGACGGCGGGGCACAGAGGCAGGCAGGGGGGGCACCGCCUUCAGGUGCAGGCGGGGGCAGAGGAAGCCUUCAGGAGGACCGCAGCGGGCCCCGCUCUGCCACAGAGAAGUGAAAGGCCGUACAACUCCACGUAUCCUCUGAGCCCUCCAGAGAGGACGCCGCACGGCGUUCGCUAUCGGAUCGCCGUGAUCGCAGACCUAGACACGGCAUCACGGAGCUCCAAGGAUCAGACGUGGUUUAGCCACAUGAAGAGAGGCUACCUGGCGGUCCUAGAUGGCGCCAGCGGGGUGGAGGUGGAGUGGGAUGCCGACACCGUCACGCUGGAGAGUCAGCUGUCGGAGAGAGGACGAGGGAUGGAGCUGUCGGAGCUGCAGGUCUUCAACGGUCACCUGUACAGCGUGGACGACCGCACCGGGGUGGUGUACCGGAUAGAGGGCGGUCGGGCCAUCCCCUGGGUCAUCCUGGCCGACGGGGAUGGGUCAGUCUCUAAAGGAUUCAAGGCAGAGUGGAUGGCCGUGAAGGAUGAGCGGCUGUUCGUGGGGGGGCUUGGGAAGGAGUGGACCACCACCUCCGGGGAAGUCCUCAACAACAACCCGGAGUGGGUGAAGGUUAUCGGAUCCAACGGAGACGUGGAGCACCAGAACUGGGGGCCAAAGUACAACAGCCUGCGGAGUGCAGCGGGGAUCGAACCCCCGGGCUAUCUCAUCCAUGAGUCGGCAUCUUGGAGCGAGCGCCUCCAGCGCUGGUUCUUCCUUCCUCGCCGCGCCAGCCACGAGCGCUACGACGAGACCGCAGACGAGUGGCGUGCGACCAACCUGCUGCUCAGCUGCCCUGACGACUUCAGCCACAUCAGCACGCGGCGCGUGGGGCCGCUCAACCCCACCCACGGCUUCUCCUCCUUCAAAUUUGUUCCCGGCACGGACGAUCAGAUCAUCCUGGCUCUAAAAUCCGAAGAAGACGCUGGCAAGAUCGCCACUUACAUCACCGCCUUCAGUCUGGACGGGCAGGUGCUGCUGCCAGAGACAGAGAUCGGAGACGUGAAGUACGAGGGCCUGGAGUUCAUCUGAGCGGUUAACGCCGUGCUGUAAUUCACACUAACCUCCCCCCUGAGAGCUUCUGCUGCAGGCGCUCUCUGAAAGCUGAACGUCCAAAAGACCAAGUGGAAGAAGAUCGUCUCAACCAGAAACCUGGAUUUGGGGGUUCGGGUGUCUUUGAUGUUCUGCAGUUCUUUUACCAGAAACCCAGAGUUCCUUUAGAAGCUGCUUUGAAAGCAUCUCCUGCUCCAGAGGUCUUUGUUUGAUUCCUGAACCCGACGUUAACACCUAAACAUUUAGCUCUCGCUUUAAAUUAUUCGCUUUCAUCCCCAUUGGUUCCUUCUGUGAAAGAGUAGUUUGAUGAAGAGGAGCUUCAGGUCUUCAGCUGCCGGCUUAAAGGCCAGCGACGUUUGACUCAGUCACUGCAGGGACUCAAACGCCUGCUUCAACCUUACUGUAGUGCACAUGAAGGGUUUCAGAUUUAUAUUGCUAUAUAAUAGUACUAUAUAUUACUAAAUAUUAAUAUAUUUUGUGUGCUUCAUGACCAAUAAACAGUUGGUGUUUCAGUAAACUCCACA